CACCUAUAACAAGCUCAGCGAUCCUCCCCCCUGUUGGAUUAUUGAACAGGCGCUCAGUCCCAUGUCGCCAUCUGCCAAGAGGAGGAAAAAUACUCUCUGAAGCACAUGAGACGACUUAGUUAUUGGAAAACAAACUGGCGGAAGGAAUACUCCCAAACAGUAGGCGUAAAAGGAAAAAAAUGACUUGUUGCUGUGCGUAAUGCACCCAGAAAGAAACCUAGUCCUAAAUGUGACAAGUUCCCAAAUGCUGAGCGUAUAUUCGCGGUGAACUCAUCGGACCUAAGUGCAUUGGAGGCGGGCAGGAGGGCCGGGGUCAUGGUAGUGGAAGGGGAGCGGACGCUGCUGGCCGCCAGGCAGGGCGACGUGCAGACUCUCAAAGCGCAAUUAGCGGCGAAGGCGCUCACCAAAGACGUGAAGGACGCACUGGGGGCCUCGCCCGCGCACCACGCAGCGCGGGCGGGCAAGCUAACUUGUCUGCGGUUCUUAGUGGAGGAGGCCGGGCUGCCGGGUCACUGUCUGGCCAACAACGGGGCAAGUCCGGCGCACGACGCAGCAGCCACCGGCAACCUGGCUUGCUUGCAGUGGCUGCUCACCCAGGGUGGAUGUCGGCCAGAGGACAAGGACAGUUCUGGUGCCACCGUUCUCCACCUUGCCUCCCGCUUCAGUCAUCACGAGAUCACAGAUUGGCUGCUCAAGAGUGGGGAGGCAGACCCUGCGGCCCCCACCGACACAGGGGCCCUACCUGUUCACUACGCUGCUGCCAAGGGAGACCUGUCCUCGCUGCGACUGCUACUGGGGCACAGCUCAAAUUUUGUCAACUCCCAAACUAAGAAUGGUGCCACACCGCUCUACCUGGCCUGCCAGGAGGGCCAUUUGGAGGUGAUCCAGUACCUGGUCAAAGACUGUGGAGCUGAUCCACUCAUAAGGGCCAAUGAUGGGAUGACACCCCUGCAUGCUGCUUCCCAGAUGGGCCACAAUACUGUCAUUGUCUGGCUGAUGAGUUUCACAGAGAUCAGCCUGAUGGACAAGGAUGGCGAUGGGGCCACAGCCAUGCACUUUGCUGCCAGUCGCGGUCAUGCAAAAGUUCUCAGCUGGUUGCUACUGCAUGGCGGCGAAAUAGUCACUGACAAUUGGGGAGGGACCCCUCUUCAUGACGCUGCAGAGAACGGCGAACUGGAGUGCUGUCAGAUCCUGGUGGUCAAUGGGGUGGAUCUGGGCAUCAGCGAUCAGGAUGGUUUCACAGCGGCUGACCUGGCUGAAUACAACGGACACUUACAGUGCGCCAAGUAUUUGCGCACUGUUGAGAAUAUGAGUGUGGAGCAUCGUGUUUUGUCUCGGGACCCCUCACUAGACCUCGAGCACAAGCAACCAGAGAACAAGCAGCCAGAUUCUGGCCUCUCUUCCCCAAACACCACAAUGCCCCCCGUCAGCCAAGCGGCACACUUUGAUAUUAGUUCCCCAUCCAGCUCCUUGUCCAACUACGACUCAGCCAACUCCAGCCAGUCCAGCACCGGGGAGAAGAGGAGCAGCUUAACAUUGUCCCGGGGCCCACAGCUGAACACAGUGGCAAACACAGGCGCAUCACAGACAGCCAUUUCUGAUAUGCAGGCAUACAUGGACAUGCUAAACCCAGACUUGGAUUCCGACAGGCCGAAGAAAGGUCACUCUGAUUCUGAGCCAGAGCUUCCGCCUCCACCCACAUAUCCACCUCCGCCUCCACCGCAUUCCCCCCCGCUUCCUCCUCCGCCUCCGGGCUACCCAGCACCGAAGCCUCCCCAGGAACCGUCGUCUGCUGAGUUUCUGAAGGUGAAAAGCAACUUGCGCCACGUGGAUGGCAACGGCAAAAAGAAGGAGCAGCUAACGGUGGGUGAAAACCACGAAAAUUUGCGACGGGCGGACUCUAACAGGAAGUCUAGGAGCUUCAGCAAGCAGCCGAGCACUGGGGACUACUACAAGACCCUCGGGAGUGACACCGUUGAGCUCAGUGGGAGCAAAGUCAUGGCACCGAAGGAGGAGGGCUCUGUGCUGUUGGAGGAGCCUGCUGAUGGCUCCAAUCCCACACCUGAAAAUGGUACCACAGAGGAAACAAUCCCAGCACCUCCUCCACCACCGCCACCUCUUCCAAGCAAUCCGACGCCAACGCCUCCGCCGCCUCCUCCGUUGCCGCCAGAUACACAGAAAAACCAGAAUGACUUGGCGAACAACAAACAGCGCCGCGCGUCUUCGUCAUCAGGAAGCGGGCGUGCACCCCGACAGAAGAAGAGUACAAAAUCAUUCAACAUGAUGUCCCCCACUGGUGACAAUUCUGAGCUACUGGCAGAAAUCAAAGCGGGAAAGAGCCUGAAGCCCACACCUCAUAGUAAAGGCUAUACCACAGUCUUUUCCAACAGUGGACCAACAGGCAACAAUGUGCGUCUGCAGCAAAGUGUGAUUAUUUGGGAAAACACUAUAUCUCCACCACAAACACGCGCUUCAAGCCCGCCACCCAAGACGUCAUCUUCUCCUGUGUCUAAUUCAUCGGUCUUCUCCCCACCUACAACACCAAGUCCUGCACCUAGUCCACCUGGCUCUGGAACAUCAAGGACCUUGUCAGCUUCGGCCAGUUUUGAGCAACUUCCCUUAAAUUCUGUAAUCAAUGGAGGCGGUGUUAUGGGCACAGCAGGAGCACAAUCAGUCCGAAAGUCAAGCCUUGCAGAUGUUGAGGUUCUGGUGCCCACUCAUGAUGAGCAAGGAAAAGCUAUCCCUGAAUGGAAGAGGCAAGUGAUGGUACGAAAGCUUCAAGUCAAGAUGCAAGAGGAGGACGAGCAUAAACGCAAGUUUGCGGCGCGUGGGCACUACCAGCCUCAGGAAUGGCACUACUCCCACAUCUACAAUGCUAUUUUGGGCCCAUUUGGUGAACUGAUGACCGAGGGUGAUCUCAACCGUAUUGAAAAGCAAAUCGAGAACCUACAAGUGAUGCACAAAGUGUCGGAAGUCGAGAAAGAACUGGAAGAACUUGAGCAGGAGCUUCAUCAGCUUCUACCCGUUUCUGCAGCUCUCACUCAGGGACAUUUCUCAGUAAAUCCAAAACAAGUGCAUGGCCAAGCUGAAGAUCUUCCAGCCUGGUGCAGCAAAAUUUCUACUUUGCUGAAAAGUAUGGCUAUUCUUCUCGCCACCCUGGGGGGUAAAGAGAUUGACAUUCUGGAUCUUAUAAAUCCUGCAUAUUCUCUAAAAGGGGAAAAUGACUCAGCAGCCAGUCAGUCAGAUGCAGUUGGAUCCAUUGGCACAGGAUUUAUCGGACGUUCUCAGUCCUUCUCCACAAAGGAAGAAGUGGAGAAGGAAAUAAAGCAGUUUGGUGUUUCUGUGAAGAACCUUAAGGCCAAUUACGAAAUUAAUAGUCAAUUACAGUCUGUGAAUAAAGAGACUAGGGUGUAUAAACGCCAGAGCUCACUCCCAGUUGUAAGUAAGACUAGUAAUCUUCCAAAGACAGUUUACCAGAAAGAUGUUACUUGCUCCUCUGUUAGUGCCCCUCACUCCCACAUCAAUUGUGUUUUAUCCUCAGUGGAGGAGUUAAAGCUUGUUGAAGAGCCAGUUAUUGUGGCCUCUCAUGUGCCUAAAACCUAUGCAUCCACCGAGAUCAUAGUUUCAACCAACAGUAAAGAGUUUAACCAGGUUCUUUCAACAGACCCCAUUUUAAAUAAUGACCAUCUAACAAGAAGUUUGGAAGUGCAGACAGAUCUCAGCUAUGUUCAGGAAUGCAUUGAAACAAGGAAAGAGAGGAUUGUUUUCCUGUUUCUUGAACACUGGCGCAAGUACACCAUCUCUGAAUUCUGUCAAACUGGCAGAAGGGGAAAUAAUCCAGAUGUGGGCUGGGAGAACUUGACUCAAAAUAACACAAACAACAUUGGAGAGAGGAAGAGUGAUGACGACAAGCUCUUCCUUUUCAUGAAGUCCAAGCAGGUAGUGGGAAAACUGAUCGGCCACUGGAGAACCAUCAUGAGCCAGGUGCCCAGUCGCCAGAUUCGCAGGCUUAGUCGAGCCCAGAUGAUCUACUGGCCAGAACAUUUCCUGCCUCACAUCAAUGGUUCACCUGUGAGCUAUGAAAGCCUGACCCUUGACCUUUUCAUGCUUGGAUAUUUCCAGCUGCUGGAAAUGAACAUGUCUCGUAGCGAGCGCAAAUUCCGCCACCUCUUGUGCUACGAGAUGUUUGAUUGUCUCGGUAGGCAUCCGUGGGAGGUCAUAAAGCUGUUCCACAAGGAGGUCAUGAAGGAACUUGAGAGAGGAAAGCGAGACUGGGUGGAUGGAUUUGAGGACAUCAAGCUGAAGUACUUUGGGGACUCUGUUGAUGAGGGAGGUGUGAUGACAGCUUCUCUGCUUUCCAUGUCUCCUGCGGGGAGAUUAAAUCCAAAAGAAGAGCCACUUCCCCCUCCACCUUGUCAUCCUCCACCUCCUCCACCACCUGAACAUCCUGUACCCCUACCACCACCAACACAUGCCCCACCACCCUCACAAUUAGUCACGCCCUUAUUAUCGGCCUUGGAUAGUGCCUUGGACCCUAAUCCAUAUGUUAAACAAAAUACCACGCUGAACUCAUUAGACAAUGCACAGGGUGAUCUUAAAGUAAUUGAGCACAAGAUGUUGACUGAACAAAUGGUUCUCAAAGGUUCUUGUUUAGAUCAGGAUGAGAUUCAGGGGAUACACACAUACACUGAUGCAACACAACCAGACACACCCACCCACAACACCGAAGAAAACAAAGGAGCAGUCCCAGUUAAAGAGUUAACUGUUAGAACUUUCGCUCAAACACCGGUUGCUCAACCUCUACCUGGACAUAGUGAAGACUCAAUCAAAGUAAUCUAUGAACUAAAAGAGUUUAGCAAUGAGGAGAUCAUUAGAUACAUUGAUCGAAGCUUUUCCUUCUGGAAGGAAAAAGAAGCUGAGCUUUUUGACAUCUAACAGCUUUGAUUAUAAAUGUACAUUGUACAUGCAUUACUAGCAUAAUCAGGAAAAUAAACCUGCCUACCUUCUUACAUGUUGAGUAAAAUGGGGCAUUCACUUUGAGGCCAUGUCACAUGAGCGACUUAGCAGCUGCAAAAAACAGAGCAUCCAUUUACAACUUAUUGUGAAGUGGAUAUAAAGAAUAGAAAUAUAAUGUCUUUGGUGUCAAAGUCCCAAAACAUGUUUCAAUCAUUUGGAAUGUAUUUUAUAAGAAACAUUGUAAAUGAAAAAAUAACUUUACCUUCAGUUCCUCCAUCAUAAUGAUUAAAUGUUUAAAGUUGUGUAAAAACUUGUAAAAGAUUUGCCAUACACGCGGUGUAGCGUUUGCGUUGAGCGUCUGUGUGCUGAAUGGCAAAAUGCAUUGCAAAUACAAUUAUACUUUUUUGACUUACAGGAAGGCAGGACUUUUUCAGAUCUAAAUAACUAGUUUUUAUAGUAAGGAGUAAACAUGCAGUACAAAAAGAGCUUUUAUUUGACAUGUGAAGACUUCCAGGUAAGGAAGAUGCAACAACAUUGCUGAAAUAUGAUGCAUUCACCUUUUACCGAGAUUUUGUCAUUGCAACAUGAGUUCCAACUAGUUUAGAAUCAUUUAUGUGCUUGUAGAUUUGCUAGGUUUUAAGAUUUCAAUGUGUUGCCCUACUCUUUUGUUUUGAGUUAUGUUAAAUAAAGUUGUUUACAUCUUUGUGACUACUUCGUAUUAGCUCUUUGUUAAAGCAGAGUUUUGCAUCAUGUUAAAUGAUUAAAAAACAGUAAUAGAACACAGACAGUUUGUUACAUAGACUGUUAUUGUUCACCACCCUGCUGCGAGGCGCUUUAACGUUCAAGUCCCACACUUUUCUUAUUACGUCUUCCAGCAUUGAGAUUACCUUCAAAUAACCCUCUUAGCACCUCCCGGUGUCAUGCUAUCUGUGGCUUAAAAACUGUAAGGAGGUUACCGCAACUCUUCAUCAACUCACGGCCCAACUAGGAAAGCAGUCAAUGGGUGAACUUUAAAAUUGAAAUAUCAUUACACAUAAGAUUUAUUCACAAUAACAAGCAAAAAUUAACAACGCUCUACUGAUGCUAUUACUAUUGCUUAUAUCAUAUAAACUAACAAUAAUUGAUUGAUUAGAUAGAGAUGGAUGGAUAGAUAGAUGGGUAGGUAGAUAGAUAGAUAGAUAGAUAGACAGAUACAUAGAUAGAUAGAUGGAUAGACAGACAGACGGAUGUACAGACAGACAGACAGACAGACAGACAGACAGAUAGAUAGAUAGAUAGAGCCGUGAGUGACAGCCAUGCUUGUCUGUCAUCUUAUUGAACUCCAACCAAAAUUUAGUAUUCAAUUAAUUAGUUAAAAAUAUGGUCAGUUAUUUUUUUAAACUGUUGUUUUAAACCGAAAAUGAUACUAAUUGGUGGUGCUCUUAUAUUUUUGGUUAAAAAAGAUGCUAUUUUGAACCAGUAACACAAAUAAAAAUGAAGGUUGUGGAGUUAUUAUUUGUUUAAAAAAAUCUAUAUAGAUUCCAUGAAAUCACAAAAACUAUCACAUAUAUCAUAUCAAUUUAUUUAUUUUUUUAAUUCCCUGGGGAGUGAUAAAAAAUUCACGACAUGGAUAACCUUACUUGGAUCCGUAUUUGCCAAGGCAAGUCAAAUACUUAUAAAUGCAUCGGAGUAAUGCAUCUUGUCGAGAAAAUCCAAGAUGGCUGCCCUGGUUCCCACUUUUCCCAUUAAAGUCUAACAAAAGACAGAAGAGGAUACAGUUACUCAUCGGCGCUGUCUGAGAAAACCUCUUGUUAUGUUAGAGAAACAGGAGAGGAAUACAUAUUGUGUGCACUGUUUGCCGUAUGUUUUAAUGUAUCCUGAAUGUUAAAGUACUGUAUAUAUGUCUCUAUAUACACUCAUCUGCUUUGAGCAGUCUAUAAAGGAUGUUUCACAGAUUAAAAUUCAUAACUAUAAUAAUAUAAUGUUGAAUAGAUUGUUGAUUGUUUUUUAAAGCAUCUGCAACGAAAUGGAGUGCACUAUAGACUACAACCUAUUGAUUUAGUUUCAACUAGGGUGCUAUUUAAAGUACAGUACAUUGUCUAUGUGAAGUUAAACUAAAUCAGUGCUCCAAAAACUCAUCCCUGCAGCAUUAAUCAAAUCAAUGCAAAACUGGCAUGGAAACAAGAGUUCAGAACAUACCUAAAAAGAUUCUCCCAUAUUAUUUAAACAAUGAACUGGCUUUUAUUCUUCUAGCCAGUUAUUAGACAGACCCUGACAUGGUAACAUAUGUCAGUCUGUUUUCUGCUUUUUUGUCUUGUGUACAACGACAUAUCUUUCAAAUGAAGGGUUAUACAAACUAGGCGCACUUUUCGAGGGUUUACU